AUGCUUGCUCCGCUGCGCUUCCAUCAGGCACGAGAGGAAUACAAUACUGCCCGUGAAUCAGUGUUCCCCACUCAAUCUAUCAGCGCCUCCUCGUCUGUGCCAGAUGUGGUGGUGUACAACAAGUACCCUGUGUAUUACAAGGAGCAGAUGGGUUACUUCAGAGACAACAGUGAGUUCUGGAUCUACGGGGAGGACAGGCCACAGACCCCCAACGAGACCACACUCACCCGCAGUCCAGACACCGGACUAGGGUUCAGUCUGCCUACGGGCACGAAGCCGAAAAUAAUUGAACCGAUCUCGUCCAGCAAUUACCACAGGGUGGCCUACAGUCUGCCAGACAGGACAUUCGGAAUAACGGGCGCCUACAAACUCACAGUGCCUGGAGAGAGCAUGGGGUCACGUGGGUCAUCGGCCAGAAGCAACCCAUUUGGGAUGACCACUAAUUCGAAACGACAACUUAGCAUAAACAUGAUCAAGAUGCCAUCAAAAAGCUCUUUUAAACCCGAAUGGCUGAGCAAAACAGUCAACUUGGACGACAGUUUCAGAAUAGAGCUCACUCCAAACACAGACAUGUACGACCCCACCCUGCCUGUGGUGUGGAGGAGAAACGGCAAAAUAAUCGAGGACUGGGGGGCUAGUUAUCUAGAAGUACACAGUGCCUCGGCGGAUGAUGCUGGCGUGUAUGAGUUCUACCAGGAGGAGGCCGACAGGAACUUAGGCCGAAUCGGGUUGACCAGGGUCAUUGUGAGACGUUGUCACCAGGGCUACUGGGGCGGGGACAGUGGGGGUGUGAAUGAGUGUUCGUUCAGCUGUCCCCUCUGCCUCAACGGGGGAGUGUGUGAGGAGAGCAGCGGCAGGUGCAUCUGUCCCCCCGGAUUCACCGGCCCCAACUGCGAGAACACCUGUGCCUCGCACUGGUUCGGCCAGACUUGUGAGGCCAGAUGCACUUUCCACAUGAGUGGAGUGGUGUCAUGUGCCACCAUGUAUCUAUGCCAGCAGGACCCCUUCGGAUGUUCCUGUCAUGGAUUCAAGGACCUCAUGUGUGUAGAACCCUGUGACGCCGGCACAUUUGGACCAGACUGUUCCCAGAAGUGCCACUGUGCCAACGGGACAACCUGCGAGCCGGACACUGGCAAGUGUCCCGGAGAUAGAUGUGCAGAAGGAUACGCGGGAACUAAUUGCCAAACAAGCACGAUUGCACGAGUUGGCCAUUUCUACAACAGGAGAACGAAUCCAGGGGCUUCCACCCGAUUCCUGUGCUCCAUCCAAACCCCCCAGAAGAUCCACCACACCAAAGUCACCCUCCGAUCCCCCAACGGACAGACCUACUUGAGUGUGGCCGAUCUGAACCUGCUGGGGUCGGGGGUGGAGUACCCGAGCAACUUCAACUUUGACCUCAAGUGGACCGAGCCUGGAGUUUACUCUUGCAUGCUUGAUGACAAGGAGCUUGCUUCUACUGAAAUCAGAUAUUUCGAUCUGCCGCGCCUGAGUGAGUCCCCCCGCAUAGUGGAGGUGGGGAAGACGAGUGUGCGAGUGAGGUGGAACAGGUGGAAACAGUUCUCAGACAGGGGGGAUCCCCCUCUGAUCGGAUACAUGGUCUACCAGGUGCACAGGAACACAGAGGUCCUGGUGGAGACACUGCCAGGAGACAUGUCUGAUCCGGAGGUGACAGUGGGGGGUCUGGACCCCUUCACCCCCUACUCCUUCUACAUCAGACUCAGUCGCCCGGGGGUGAAGGGGGUGGGGGCUCCCUCCGUCCGUCUCAACAUCACCACCAAAUGCGACCUGCUUCGAUUCUCGCCCUCAACCCUGAAGAUCCUCUCCUCCUCCACUGACGAAGUGAUGAUCCAGUGGAACAGAGCCCCCUGCAAUGAGGACCAAGUGUACAUUAAGAGCUACAACUACCAGAUAGCACUCAGCUCCUCAUUCUCGCCCUCCCAGAUGAUAGACUCCAACUUGGCCGAAUGUCAAGAUACGACUUCGUUUUCCAACCAACUCAGACAAGUGGGAGUGUGUUCAUCUGACAGUGCCGAAUUGAGACUGAGGAGUCUGCGUGCCUUCACCAAGUACUUCUUCCGAGUGAGGAGUGUGUUGAGCAGUCAACAUGUGGGCCCUUGGAGUAGUGUACUGCCAAUACUCACUUCACAAGCACCAUCGAGUGCCCCCCGUAACUUGGAAGUGGUGUGUUCCGGAGACACCAUCAUCAAACUCACGUGGCAGUCGCCGGCAGAGCCACGAGGCAUUCUGUCCGAAUACGAAUUGAGAUACCUUCCAGAACAGGUGGACGAGCACACGGAGUCAGUGUCGCACCUGUUGGGGGAGAGGGAGAACAUGCAGUUGGUGGGGGCUAAGAUAGACUCGAGGGACACUUGGGGACUGCAGAUAGUGACUGCCUCGGUGGGGGAGGUGGAGGGGGGUCAGCAGAGUGAGAGUGGGGGCAACACACUAGACAUCAGUGGACUGCCAUCCAACACCUCUUUCUACUUCAGGGUGCGUGCUAAAAACGGUGCUGGUUGGGGCGAAUGGUCAGAUAUUCUGAAGGCCGCAUCCGUAAUUGUUCCGUGUCCGGUGGUGCGUGGCCCUGCUCGAACAGCCAGACUGUACACUCCAGACGCGAGGAUAGCAAUCAUAUCUGCAGUGCUCGUCGGAAUCAUCAUCACCCUCACCCUCAUCAUCGUCAUCAUCAUCGCACUGUGCACCAAGCGUAGCAACUCCAGUCAGCAUCAGCUGCAGCAGCAACAGCAGAAGAGACAGCAGCAGGCCAAGUACCACCAGAUCCAACACCACCAGAUGAACAAUCACCACUUCAACCACCAGCCCCCACUCACCAUCGACACUUCAAACCAUCCCUACACCAAGAGUGCAAAAGACGGUAUUCCGAAGUGCGAGAAAGAACUGAACCCACACGGAACCAUUCGACUCUGUCGCCACGACAACGAGACCGACUCCAUCUACGGCACGAUCAAAGAAAACACCGACGAGCACUCUCCGCCGAACCAAAUCGAGAGCAACCAUUCCAACGUACGACACGCGACUCUCCCGAACACCAACCGGGGCGUGCAAAAUUACCCCAAUAAUCAAGGGGGAUACUACCCAAACUCGGGUCAGGGGGUUGUGAAUGACCCAAUGCGGGCAGCGACUCUGAGUAACAACCACCGGAUGUCGACCUUCGCCAUUAGCCAACAGGGGGGUCAAAAUUCAGUCUACCAGCAAAUCAACCCGAACGCGGUUGUCAUGAGUAUGAACACAAUGAACAAACCGAAAAGUCCUGCUGCAUAUAACAAGCAGGAUGGUGCUUGGGUGAUGCCAGAUGGGCAGGUGCAGUUAAGAGUGAACAACAAGACAAGUCCCCUCUACGAAACAUGCAACAACAACAACAACAAUAAUAACACAAACAACAACAGCCACCUUACAGAAGAUGAUCAACACACUGCCUCACAGCAUGAUGAUUCUAAUACUUCCUCAAUACAGUCCGAACCAAUUGGGGUGGUCGCAAACGGGGUUUCGUCCCCUCCACUCCAAAACAACAACAACCACAACAACAACAACCACAACAACAACAACAACAACAACAACAACAACAACAGCAACGCCAGCCACAACAACCAGUCCAACUACCACCCCUACGCCACUAUAAACCCCAAGGGAGGAGUUCAGCCUGCGAAUGAGUAUGCACUUGUUAAUGCAUCCCCGAGAAUGCUUCCCUACACCAGCAGAACAGCGGCAACACUGGGCAACUCCGCCUUGAUUCUGCCCCUGUCCUCGAAGGAAUCAGGGGCAGGGGUGAAUGGCGGGGGCUCAGUGUUAUUGACUCGCCAAAAUGACUCACCGCGCUACUUUUACUCCCCGUCGCACGCUAGUGCAGCGGGAGAGGUCCCGCGCUAUACCUCAUCUAGUUUUCACUUCCCCUCGUUGUCGCAUGUGGAACAUAAUCUAAGCGACGAGGCUAGUAGUAACUGCAGCAGUACAUUAACAGAUCAACAGCAACAUAAACAAUCACCCCCGCCGCUCAUCGCCGAACACCAGCCCGAAUCUUCUUCGGCCGUCUCGUCAGCCAAUAGGAAUGCAGCAAUGAUACCGACAAGUGCCGCGGCAUUAUAUCACACGUACACAUCAUCGCCGAACAAAUUCCGACAACCGGGUGGACAUUUUAGCCAGUCAGAUUGCGGCGAUCAGGUAGCCAAUCAGAGUUACCCAAAUGAGGACUCUCGCGGAACGCCAAGUGGGACACCGAUUGCACCAGUGAAACAUCUCAGCCGAGAGGGUACGAUUGAAGAUACGGAUGAUUUAAACACGAGUUCGGCUGGUGUGUAUUGCAAUGAUAACAGUAGUUCGGCUAAUUCGCCCUCCUCGCACAUGCAUGAUCCGAGUGCAUGUUCGUGUUUGCAGUCCCCGUGGCGCUACAGACAGGACCACGUCAGCCACGAAGCAGUUGUGCGAGGAGGCGGCAUUGCUUGAACGAGACAAAUCCACAGACCUCUGAGUAGGAAUAGCCGAGAAUGAACAAAUGAAUGAAUGAAUAACUAAACUUUUCACACCAUUCCACCCAUCAAUCAAACUCAUUCACUCUUAUUCACCUGACUGUUAUGCAAUCAUGCUACUCUCAUUCAGUUGUGAAUCAUCACUCUUCUUCACCGUCAUUCAACAACGUCGAAAAAAAAUAAAUCUAAUUCAUUUUUAGUAAUUAUACAGAAAAGCGAUUUCAAAAUACAAUUGUGUUGUAUCAUGCGCGGCAUUUAUUUAAAAAAAUAGUUAAAUGAAAUAAACUCAGAUAUCAAUUUUCGGUUAUUUUUAGUUUUUUU